ACAAGUGGCCAACAAUUUGGGUACCCACAUUCACAAUGACUCAAGAGCCAUUGUAGACCAAAGUUAUCAUGUUUUACCUUGUCACCUUAAGUCUUGCUUCCUUUAUUUUGGAGCAUUUUUGGAGGAUAGAGUGAUUGAUAUUUCGAGGUUAAUAAGGUUAUGGAUAUCAGAAUCAUUUAUAAAAAGUAGUGACGGCAGGAACUUGGAGGAUAUAGCAGAAGGUUACUUGGAGAAUCUUAUUGGUAGAAAUCUAGUAAUGGUUACACAGAGGGCUGAUUCAGAUGGUAAGGUCAAAGCAUGUCGCCUUCAUGAUGUAUUACUCGACUUCUGCAAGGAAAGAGCAGCUGAGGAGAAUUUUCUACUAUGGAUAAAACGGGAUCAGACUACCAAAGCUGUUUACUCUCACAAGCAGCAUUCUCACCUUGCCUUCACUGAAAUGGACAAUCUUGUUGAAUGGAGUGCGUCUUGCUCACUUGUUGGCUCUGUACUUUUUAAGAAUUAUGACCCAUACUUUGCCAGUCGUCCCUUAUCCUCUCAUGCUUUUUCAAUUUCACACAUUUUAUUAAAUUUCAAGUUCCUAAAAGUAUUGGAUUUGGAGGACCAGAUUGUUAUUGAUUUUAUUCCAACUGAGCUCCUUUACUUGAGGUAUUUAUCUGCACACAUUGAACAGUAUUCAAUUCCUUCAAGCAUAUCCAAUCUUUGGAACCUUGAAACUCUUAUAUUAAAACGUAGGUCAUAUGGUAUACAUGACAAGCUAUUACUACCUAGUACAGUUUGGGAUAUGGUUAAAUUGAGACAUCUGCAUACUCCUUACUUCAGCACAGAAAAUGAAGAAGCAUUACUCAAGAACUCUGCAAAACUUUAUGAUUUGGAGACCCUUUCCAGUCCAUACUUUUCUCGUGUUGAGGAUGCAGAAUUGAUGUUGAGAAAAACACCUAAUCUUCGAAAACUGAUAUGUGAAGUCCAGUGCUUAGAAUACCCCCACCAGUACCAUGUGUUGUAUUUUCCAAUAAGGCUUGAAAUACUAAAGCUUUAUCUAUCAUCAGUCUUUAAAACCAUCCCCUUUUACAUCUCUGCACCAAAUCUCAAAUACCUGAAACUCUCUCGCUUUUAUCUGGAUUCUCAGUUCUUGUCAGAAACAGCUGAUCAUCUCAAGCACCUUGAGGUACUCAAACUGUACCACCUUGUAUUUGGUGAUCAUGGGGAAUGGAAAGUGAGCAAUGGCAUGUUCCCUCAACUCAAAAUCUUGAAACUAGAAUAUGUGUGCUUGAUGAAAUGGAUUGUAGCUGAUGAUGCAUUUCCUAACCUUGAACAAUUGGUUUUGCGUGGAUGUAAAUAUCUUAUGGAGAUCCCUUCUUGUUUCAUGAACAUCCUUUCUCUGAAGUACAUUGAGGUACACAGCUGCAACGAAUCUGUUGUCAAGUCAGCCAAGGAUAUAGAAGAAACACAAGUCGAAGAUAAUCAAAAUACUAAUUUCAAGCUCGUCAUCAUCAAGUAUUUCAUGCAGAAAAUGGUGUUGAAAUUCGAUACAUCUAAUGAAAAAGAGAUAAGUAAGGCAUUUGAUAGAUUAGUCUCUCUUCAAGGGAUACAAUCAAUUGCAGUUGAUAGGAAUGAGAAGAAAUUUAUUGUGAUCGGAGAUAUGGAUGCUGAUGAAGUUCGAUUAGUUGUGGGGAAACUGAUGCUGUAACGAAAUGCUGAGCUCUGGUGAACUCAACCAUGAUGGAUUUCCAGAAAAAAGACAAGGUUAUAGUCCCAACUAAUCAACACAAAUGUGCUAUAGUCCUUUUGCUUACUGUAAUACCAAUUCAUGACACACACAGAAACAUUAACGGCAGUUAAGGUGUCUUAUAUGUGUUAGGUUUGUUGUUAUGUAUUAGGAUUUAGGAUUGUUUAUCGAGUUGUAUCUUUAAUGCCUUCUGUAUAAACUGGAGUAGGAUCAUAUCAUUGUCUUCAAGUUGGGGUAACUCGAAGACUUGAGAAUAUAAACCUUGGGAGGUUUGUGUAGUUGUAGGAAUUGGAGUUAAUUACAGAGUUAGUAAUCUUAAGUUGUUGUUGGCUCAUUGUCGAGUAAAGUUUGGGCUAAAUACAAGUCAUGUUUUUUUUUUUACAUCCUUAUGAGUGGGGUGUUUUCCACGUAAAAGUGAAGUCUUCUUUAUCUUUUGCACUUAUUGUCUGUUUAAGAAACA